UUGAUUGUAACACACGUUUGUAAGAGUACAUACCAUCGACCUGCACUCCAAGGCCGAACGAGAUCGACAGACUGAGAAUUACUAAUGCCAGAAUAAGUAUGGGACGUGGUGCGCUCCUUUUCAAAGGUGAUAGCAAAACGAAAAAGAAAAAAUCGAAGUCCAAGCACACGCCCAAAACAACUCCUGACGUCCACUGUACACUCUCUAUCGGGGAAGGAAACACGACUUCUGCCGUGUCCGCCUCAUCCUCCACUAGCACGACUGUCACAAAGCAGGAAUUGUCACGGUCUUCAAUGAAUGGGGAGGAUGAACCAACACCGGCGGCUUCGACACCAAAUAUUGUAACAGGCACAGGGAAAAUCACUUCUUCUGGAACCGUCGUGACGGGAUACGGCACGCGAUUCACGAAAGAGAUUGGUGUUGGCGAUGCAUUGUUGGUCUCAAUGACCGACAAGAAAGGCCAGCAACAGCAAGAAAUGAGAGUGGUAACGAUGCGACUUUCGGACGUUUCACUGAAUCUGAGUAGCUCCUUUUCUGAGAGCAUCCGGCAACCCACCGAAUUUCAGUAUAUUCCCAAACCGCGGAACGUCGCCAAAGAGUCCAGAAUGGCCAAGGAGCGAGCACUUCAGUCGAAACACGAAGAAGCCAUUCUAGCGUUUGGAACGUACGGCUCUACCAAUACAGAGGAGCUCGUGUACCGAGAAAAGACUGAACACGGUUCGUACAGAAUUAAGCGAGUCCAAGUGCAGGGUUCAGGCAAAGUCACGCGAGGGGAUCUACUAGACUUGCGAUCCAAAAAGAAACACGAUAAGUACUGUUAAAUUGGGAGAACCGUCGUCGCAGAGAGCAAAGGAGUAUACAUCGCAGUUCAUGCAAAUCACUAUGCCAUUCCGAAAGAAUCAUCGCAUAGUAGACUUCAAAAAAGGAAAAUAGCACCCUAACUUUGGUUAGAAUUGUUUCCCGAGUAUAAUUAAAGUAUUGUCCAAAC